CAGUGGCUUCCUUGCACUCCUUCCCGAUGUGUGCUGCAGUUCAGGAAGUCUUCAGACAAAGGCCGGAGCUAGGAGGCAAGCCUGACACCCCUGGUCAUGCUCUUGGAUUCCAUUGUCAGAGUAGAAUUCAUCUGGUAUUGGCAGGAUGGCACUGGCCAGUGGAUUGAAUAUGGCAAAAAGCAUUUAGAACACUGUGCUGCUGCAAUAUCCUCUUCUGACUUGGAGGCUGCUUUUCUAGCUGACCAGAGAGGCACUGUAUUCUUUCAUGCUGGAUCUCAGCUGUAUGAACUCAACUUCAAGAACAUGGUCCAGCGAAACCUGUACUAUCAAACCCAGAGGAAAGUCUGCCGAUGGCCUAGACUUGUGUUUUUUGGAGGUGAACACACACGUGGAAAAGGGUGUUGCUUGGAAUCCUCUUCCCUUCCCUUCCAGUUGUUUCCUUCAAGCUGGGACCACUCAGCACUGCCAGACAUAGGCUAUAAGUUGGUGGUGGUCUCCAAUUCUGCUCAAGAAUAUAAUGAAAUCAGAGAGCUAUUUGAGAAGUCAAUGGAAGGCUUUGUGAUCCGGAGGCUCCUAAGGAAUCAGAACCCUUCUCUUUGGCAAGUCUUUCAGUGGCAGAAAGAGCAGAUGAGGAAGAAGAAUGGAGGGAAAAUGGUAGAUGAAAGACUCUUGUUCCAUGGCACCAGUGCAUCUCACCUGCAUGACAUCUGUGGGCAGAACUUUGACUGGAGGAUCUGUGGGACCCAUGGCACAUUAUAUGGAAAAGGAAGUUAUUUCGCAAAGGAUGCCAUUUACUCCCAUCAGUACUGCCAGCCAGAUACCAGCUUCAAGAGGAUGUUUGUAGGUAGAGUUCUAGUCGGAGACUAUGUUCAAGGGAACGCAGCUUACCUUCGCCCUCCACCCAGAACUGACCAGCGCAACAGCUUUUACGACAGCUGCGUGGACAACCUUCUGGACCCUUCGAUUUUUGUCAUCUUCGAAAAGCAUCAGAUUUAUCCCGAGUACGUCAUAGAAUACAAGCAAGUAUCCCAGUGCACACUCAUGUGAAGUGGCAGCAAUGUGUCUGUCUACUUUUUUCCCUUAAGAGGCACGGGUUUCACGUCUUUUUUUUUUUUUUUUUAAACACCUUAAAAUAUUUUAUUAGAUUUUUUUUUUAAUAUCCAGGCCUUAUGAACCUGAAAUGCUAUACGCUGAACAACCCAAUACCCUUUCUGGGUUAUUGGCAUUAUUUUUAAUCACUGAGGAGCUGCA